AUGGCGAGUCGAAUUCGUUCUCUUCCUGUGCUCCUUUAUGAUCGGGAGCUUGGUAGAAAUGGACCGCUGCGGAAGCAGUCUGAAUUUUUGGAAUGUACGGAUCGCAGCAUCUAUCAGAAGGAUGUGAAGGGCCAUUUUGGUUGUGUGAAUGCAAUUGAGGCCUCACCUGAUGAGUGUCUGUUAGCCAGCGGAGGUGAUGACCGUAGAGUUCUAUUGUGGACCGUGGCGGAUGUUCAGGUAAAGGAGAAACCAAUGCCGGUAGCCAUCAUGAAGCAGACACACCAGUCCAAUAUUUUCUCGCUGGCAUUUUCCAAUAAGAGGUGA